AUGGAACCUAAGCAAGAUGUUAUUGCUCCAUCUUUGCCUCCUACCUCUAUUUCUCCAAUCAUUCUUAAUGGUCUCAUGACUUCCGUUAAACUCAAUAAGACUAAUUAUACUUUAUGGUCCCGUUCUGUUCAAGUUUUUCUUCGAGGUAAUUUUACCCGUGCUUUUGAGGUGUGCAAGGAGUACUUCCAGUUAGAGCAGGGUACUCUGAGCCUUGAGGAUUAUUACUCUCACGUUCGGAGAGGAUUGAUCAUGGUGUCUCCACUGAUCGCUCAGUUCUUGUGGUUCCUAUUAGCCACAGUGAUGGUCAUCGAGGUAGACAUGAUGGUCGUGGUGGUUGUGGUGGUCAAGGAGGUCGUACAGGCGAUUGUAGGUGCCGUGGUGGACCCUGUUGCUGUACUCAUUGUAGCCGUGGAGGACACACUGUUGAUUUAUGUCGGGAUUUACAUGGAAAACCUUCUAGUGCUGCGAAUCACGCUUCCUAUUAGGAUGAUACCUCUGUUGUUGCUUCCAUACCUCGGUCAGCUCCACCAGACACUGGAAUCUCAAAACGAAGAGGAAGAUUGGUACGGACAUGAAGCCGGUGGCCUAUAUUACUUUGAUUUUGAUUCACCUACUCGGGCCCCUACAGACCUCGUUGUCUCCUUUUCAAUGGCAUUGUCGUCUUGGACAUCCCUUUCUCUAGAAUCUGAAACGCCAAGCUCCCAGUUUUAG